UCCUCCAUUCACAACUUCCAUCACUUGACUGAGCUGUCCAUCCAGACUCUUAAAGAAACUGAAGAAGCAGUAUCCAUGACCAACACGAUGACAUCAACGGUCCUCAUCAGCUUCCUGGCCUGUCUGCUCCUGGUCAAUGUUGAAGGCCAGGUGGGUUAUUCUAAAGCUCGGUGCCUGUGUCUGAAUGGAAUGGUGAACCACGUUAAACCUCUUCUCAUUGAGAAGCUUGAGGUGUACCCCUCCAGCCACUCCUGCCGGAACAUAGAGAUCAUUGUCACUCUGAAGAACGGAAAAGGGAACAAGUGUCUGAAUCCAGAGGCUCCAUUUGCCAAGAAAACCAUUGAGAAAAUAAUGAAAAACCAAAGGUGA